UUGAAUGUACCGGUUCAGCGCCGUUAACAUGUGGCUCGUUGUUUAUAUAUUUAUUAUUAUACUUAAAACAUUUAUAUAUUUAUUUCUUUCACUUGUGUUACUAAUAACUGGCUGCCGGCUAUACUUCCAACCAGUAAAAGAAGUAUGCAGAUGUAAAACUCAACUUAAUGGAAAAGUGGCUUUAGUGACGGGAGGGAACUCUGGCAUAGGACUGGAAAUAGCCAGAGACCUGGCAAGACGAGGAGCAAGAGUGAUCAUAGCAAGCAGAGAUGUCGCCAAGUCUGCAGAAGCUGUCAGGGAUAUCAUCCACACGACAGGAAACAAUGACGUUGAGUACAGACAACUAGAUCUAAUUAAAUUUACAAAUAUUAAAAAGUUUGCUGAAGAGUUUAACAAAACGGAACAGCGACUGGAUAUUCUAGUCAACAACGCUGGCAUUGCUGGUGUCAAACAUAAAAUUACUGAAGAUGGAUUCGACAUGAUCGCUCAAAUUAAUUAUAUCGGACCGGUUUUAUUGACAAGAUUGUUACAAGAAAAACUGGAAAGGUCAAUGCCAAGCAGAAUAGUUGUUGUAAAUUCAAUACUGCAUAGAUUGGGAAAGAUUGAUUUGAACGAUAUACCGAUGAAGGAUGUGACCAAUCAUUAUGCAAGAUAUUCAAGAAGUAAGUUAUGCUCUAUUCUCUGGACGAGAGCUUUAUCAAGACGACUGGUUGGUGUGACUGUAAACUCCGCUCAUCCUGGUUUUGUUAAAACAAACAUAUUUCAAAGAUCAAAAUAUCUAACGAAGUUUUUAUCGCUGAGGGCAUCGAAAUGGUUCUACAAAACUGCAGAGGAAGGAGCGCAAACGUGCAUUCAUUUAUGUGUAGCUCCACAAUUAGAUAUUGCAACUGGUGGCUAUUAUUCAGAAUGUAAAAUGCAAGAAUUACCGAAGGAAGCAAAGGAUGAGAAUUUGGUGGAACAAUUGUGGAACGAAACUUUUAAAUUGAUAAACGGUUUUUAAAAGUCACUAAUACAUUUAAGUAUACGUAGUAUUCUUCUUCAGAAGCAUUGUAGAUGAUACUUAAUUAAUAAGAAUGCUAAUCAAUUAAUGCGUAAUAAAUAUUACUUGCGUAACGUUACGUGGAUCUUGCUGACAAAGACUGAAGAGUGUAGAUAUUGGCUACUGCUCAUGUUAUGUCUCAAAAAAAAACAUUCGAUAAAAAUAGUUUGUCCGGUUUAAAAUGCGUUUUUUUUUCGACAACAAACGAACCAAUACGACGUAGGGUCCUUCACGAAAAUAGCGUACGAAUUCUUAAAAGACCGGCAACGCAUUUCCAAGCCCUAUUACAUAAUUGAGAGCAUUAGAAAAGACUCUUUUUAUUUGAUAUCAAGUGAUACCGCCGCCUCCUACUUACACUCACAGAUGACUCACAAGUGCGAGUUAAGAAUUGGUACGCUAAUUUCUUCCGUUUGUCCUUUUAAUCAAAAAUCUUCAAGUGUUUGUGAGUUAUAUUAGUUUAUAGACAGUACAAUUUCUUGAUGAUUUAUUUUAGUUUAUUUCAUGGAAAUUAAAGCCUCCAGCAUAAACAUCAUACUUAGGUAACGAAACUAAAAUUGCUAGGUAUAUAAAUAACUUGUUAUUAUGAUAGACGUAAAAAUUCAAAGUAACAAAAUAAUUUAAUAUAUUAGUCAAAAUUUGAAGGUAUCAUAUAGCGGAUAUCCGACACGUACCAAGAAAACUUUAGCAUUUUUAUAACUUAAAUUUUAAUGUGAGGUCAGUAUAUAAGUUUGCAGUGGCAGUGAGUGCUGUGGCACCCAAUUGUGAGAUGUUUAUUAUAUAUAUUAUAAUUGAAUAAUAAUACUAA